AUGCUUCAAACCUUCCACGGCUUUUCUGCUGCAUCCUCCCGCAUAUUACAGGUCGCGAUCCACGUGCUGACUCCGCUUUCGCAGCACGACCCGGCAAUCGCCUGUGCUUCUGGCUUCGGCCGUCGCUCCGCAGCCCCUACGCCGGCUCUGAUAGACAACGAUACUAAGGCGAUUUUGACCGCUGAAGCGGAGAUUGUGGGUUUGUGCUACCACAAACCUACACCUUGGCCGAUAGGAGCCAGCUGA